UUAUUCNAAAUGAGUGUUGUUUUAUUAGUAUUUGCACUGUCUUUUGCAAUAAUUUGCAAUUGUGUUAGCUCUCAAGAUGCCACAUUGGUACCUGCUUUGAUCACUUUUGGAGACUCAGUUGUCGAUGUGGGAAAUAAUGACUAUAUACACACCAUUUUCAAGGCUAAUUAUCCUCCUUAUGGUAGGGAUUUCAAGAACCAAGAAGCUACUGGAAGGUUCUGUAAUGGAAAAUUGGCCACCGACAUUACAGCUGAGACCCUCGGAUUUACGAAUUACCCACCGGCUUACCUGAGCCCACAAGCAUCCGGAAAAAACCUUCUCUUAGGCGCCAAUUUUGCCUCUGCUGGUGCUGGAUAUGAUGAUCACACAUCCCUUCUAAGUCACGUAAUUCCACUGUCACAACAGCUGCAGUACUACAAAGAGUACCAAACCAAACUAACAAAAGUCGCAGGGCAGGCAAAAUCAGCAUCCAUCAUAAAAGACGCUUUAUACAUAGUAUCUGCAGGCAGUAGCGACUUUAUACAAAAUUACUACAUUAACCCUUUCCUCAACAAGGCCUACACUCCCGACCAGUAUUCAUCCUACCUAGUUGGCAUCUUCACCUCCUUCAUCAAGAGCGGUUGCGUGUCGCGUAUCAACACUGACGCCCAAGGGUUCAACAAGAAACUCAACGCCGCCACGUCGCAGCUUCAGAAGCAACUCCCGAGCCUCAAGAUCGUUGUCUUCGACGUCUUCAAGCCCCUCUACGACAUUGUUGCCGACCCCAAGAAAAACGGAUUUACGGAGGCCACAAAAGGGUGUUGCGGGACGGGAACAAUUGAAACAACGUCACUUUUGUGCAACCCGAAGUCGAUCGGGACGUGCCCGAACGCGACGGAGUACGUGUUUUGGGACAGCGUUCACCCGUCUCAGGCAGCCAAUCAGAUUCUCGCAGACAGCUUGCUCCUCCAAGGCAUCGCCCUCAUUUCCUGAUUUUCUUUCAACAAAAUGUUUUAUGUCUGUCUGCAUGCAAUAUAGUACGAGGUUUCUAAAACAUUGAUGCACUUACUUUUUCUUUUAAGAAAGUUCUAUUGGUUUUCUUGCUUUCGUAGAAGGUUGGUUUCUAUUUACGGUUGCGAUGGACUUUGAUUGUUGCUUUGGUGUGUAUUAAUACAGGCAAUAUAUCUUGCAACAAAAAGAUUGUUAUUAUUACUAAUACUAUAAUAUUAUUAUUUUUUUGAUUUCUCAAUUUAUUGAUAUUAAUAAUAUUAUUAUUAA